GUUCUAUGUGUUUUCAGCAAGCAAACUCUUGAAAUAUCUAAAUUUUGGUUCUGUCAAACAAAGAAAUAAUGAAAAACAGAUUUCUUGAGAGAGGAAACUCCGGAGGCUGUUCAAUCCAUGGCAGGAAGCAUAACAAGUGUGUGAUUUUUCCUGUGGAAGUGAAUGUGGUUGCUGAAGCUAUUGACAGAAUAAACAUGACUUGGAUUGUUAGGGCAAAGGUAGCUGAAACUGAUUUGAUCAUUCAAGUUGGAGAUUCCAACUUCCAUGUUCACAAGCUUGCUAUGGUGUCCAGAAGUGCAUAUUUGAACAGAUUAGUGUUCCAGGAAAGAAACAACAAUCUGCAAAAUUCCAUCUCCACCAUCCUUCUACACAGUCUCCCCGGUGGGGCUGAAACUUUCGAGCUCAUACUGAAGUUCUGCUAUGGAUGGAAGAUCGAUCUAACCCCAACCAACAUCGCACCCAUCUACUCUGCUGCAAAAUUCCUGGAAAUGAACAAUGAGAUGGAACAAGGCAACCUGAUCUCCAAGACCGAAACCUUUCUAACUUACUUGCUGCUAUUAUCUUCAUCGUGGAAAGACAUCUUCACCAUCUUCAAAAGCUGCGAAGAAACCGUUUCCUCUUGGGCCAAAGAGCUUCAUAUCCUCAGAUCUGGAAUAGAAAAUCUGAUCAUAAGGUUACCUCCUGAGCAAGAAAGCUCCCUUCCUUGCAACUUCUUGCUUCACCUUCUCAAGUUUGGGAACUCCGUGAGGGCAGAUAGUGAGUUAUUGGCUGGGGUAGAAGAAAGAGUUGCUGAUAAGCUGGAGGUCUGUAGGGUUUCAGAUCUCUUGGUUCAGAAAUCUACCAAUAGAAGUACUACUCUCUAUGAUGUGGGAAUUGUGGCAAAAGUUUUGGAGACCUAUGUUUCUUGUGCGAAAAGAAAUCCAGCAGCGACAUUGCUUGUUGUUGGGAGGCUGAUUGAUGAGUAUCUGACAGUUGUUUCUAGAGACAGUAGACUUCCUGUGAAGAGCUUCCUUUCAGUGGCAGAAGCCUUGCCAGAUUCCGCGAGGAUUUGCCACGAUAACCUCUACCGCGCCAUUGACUUCUACCUCAAGGUACAUCCUAAGCUGUCAGAGGAAGAAAGAACAGGUAUAUGCAGGGCCAUGGACUACCACAAGCUGUCGCAGGAAGCUCAGAAGCACGCGAUAAAGAAUGAUAGGUUGCCAUGGCAUCAGACGGCGAUGAUCAUUAUGGCUGAGCAAGUGAAGAUGACAAGGUCGAUAACUUGUGGAGGAAGUAGUUACCAGCAUAGGGCAAAGAGACAAGCCAGUUUGAAGAUUGGCAACUGCGACAUGGAGAAAGGAUGGCUAUAUUCGCCACGAAAUGAGAUCAGGAUGAUGAAGAAGGAAGUCGAAGCUAUGAAAGGGCAAAUAAAUGAGUUGCAGGUUUGUAGGUUGAAGAUGCAGCAGCAGUUGAAGAGAUGCCAUAUAUAAAAUGGUUCACAACAUGAGACAGCUAUAUGAAACGAAAUUUGAACGUUAAUUCAAGUCAAACUAGUGAGACUCAUGGUUCACAACAUGAGACAGCUAUACUUGCAGAACCGUGUAAAAUCUAUCAUAUCAAUAUGUAACCGAUAAAUGCUUCAACGGAUCCAAUCCGCCGAUACGGCAAGAUAGGUGAAGAUGGAGUCAAAAGGCUA